CGUGCGCGGCUUUUAUGCUUUUGUAUCAGUAAAAAAAUAACCAGUUGAAAAUGAAGAUGGCGGCUGAGGUGAGGUGGCUUGGAGUAUUUUUCGUUUUUUCGUUAAUUUAUAGUUUAAAUGCUAACUCCGUACAUAAAAGAUUUGAAUAUAAAUACUCCUUUAAACCACCUUAUUUAGCGCAAAAAGAUGGAACUGUGCCUUUUUGGGAAUAUGGUGGAAAUGCAAUUGCAAGUUCAGAAAAUGUGCGAAUUGCACCAUCUCUUAGAAGCCAAAAAGGUGCAAUAUGGACUAAAAAUCCCAUCAACUUUGAUUGGUGGGAGGUCAAUUUGGUAUUUAGAGUGAGUGGCAGAGGUAGAAUCGGAGCUGAUGGUUUAGCUUUCUGGUAUACUGCUCAAAAAGGUGCUUAUGACGGAGCUGUUUUUGGAAGUUCUGAUAUGUGGAAUGGACUUGGAAUAUUUUUUGAUUCUUUUGAUAAUGAUAAUAAACAUAAUAAUCCUUAUAUUAUGGCUGUGGUUAACGAUGGCACUAAAAUAUUUGAUCAUGCCAAUGAUGGGACAACUCAAUUACUUUCUGGAUGUCUUAGAGACUUCAGAAAUAAACCAUUCCCGACAAGAGCGAAGAUUGAAUAUUAUCAAAAUACUUUAACGCUGUUCAUUCAUAAUGGAAUGACGAAUAAUGAGCAAGAUUACGAAAUGUGUUUCCAUGUUGAAAAUGUUUUCCUACCAAAAGGAGGAUAUUUUGGAGUUUCUGCAGCAACUGGUGGCCUUGCUGAUGAUCAUGAUGUUUUGCAUUUCUUGACAUCUUCAUUACAUCCACCUGGUCAGAUGACUUUCGACAGUAGAACAGUAUCUACGGAAGAACAAGCAAAGAUUACUCAAGAAUAUCAGGAUUAUCAGAAAAAAUUAGAGCUACAAAAGGAAGAAUACAGAAAGGAACAUCCUGAUGAAGUUCGUCAUGAUAAAGAGGAAUUUGAUGAAUGGUUUGAAUCAGACAAUCAGCGAGAACUUCGUCAAAUUUUCGGUGGUCAGAGUCAGAUCUUUGACGUAUUACGUGAAUUGAAACAUAAAACAGAUGAAAUAGUUGGAAAACUUGAACGAGUUAUGAGCUUAGUUUCGCAAGUACAAGUCGGUGGCAUCCAACCAGGAGUAACUGGAGGCCAGCCAAUUCAGAUGAUUGACACAAUUAGAAGGCAAGAAGUUGAUGCAGUACUUAGCAAUCAAAAUAUUAUUUUAAAUACGGCUCGAGAGAUCAAAUCAUUUAUUGGUGAUGUCAACUCUAAAGCUGAAUCAAUUUUAAACAAUCAAGCUCGAGGUCCAACAGCUCAAGUUCAACCCAUUGGUUAUGAUUACCAAUCUCUGAUAACAGAAAUGAGGGAAGGACUCAAUCACCUUAAGAAAGAUGUGUCAGCAACAAAUGCUAAGCUCACAGGUUUUGGAGGAGUACCUGGAGCAUGUCCAACAACAAGUUGUCUAACAACGACAAUAUUUUUAAUUUUCUUAGUUGUUCAAUUAAUUAUAAUACUUGGGUACAAUUUAUACAGGGAUAAUAAAGAAGCUCAGGCCAAGAAGUUUUAUUAAAUUUCAUCAAUUUGUUAAUUAACUUGAAAGUCGAGCUAUUAUAAAUACAUUGUAAUUCAUUACAGUUUGCUAAUGAUUGGAUAAAUGAAUAGAAUUUUUUGAAAUUUUGUAUUGUGGGAAAAAUGUAUCUACAUAUUUAUUUAUUUGAAAUUGAAAAUGUGAAGAAAAGAGGAGUAUUGAUAAACAUUUUUUUAUAAUA